AUGUCUCAGGAGCAGCCAGCACAAAGCAAAGCGCAGGUCAUAAAAGCCCCUUCCGACGAGGCAGUAAAAUGGCCCAAGACAGUAUUUCUCGCGGGCACAACAACAGGACCGCCCGACUGGCGAACAGGAGUCUGUGAUCAAUUGUCAGACUUGCCAAUCACGAUUUUCGAUCCCCUUCGCCCCGACUGGACCGACAGCUGGACACAUGACGUCUUCCGGCACCAGGUCAAUUGGGAACUGUCGAAACAGGAAGAAGCCUGCGUUGUUGCUGUCUACUUUGGCGCCAAUACAGCUGCGCCCAUCAGCCUCAUGGAAUUGGGGCUUUGUGCAAAGGACAAGAAGGCAGUGGUGUACGUGGAGGACGGCUACCCCAAGAAGGGUAAUGUGAAGGUUGUUUGUGAGAGAUACAAUAUUCACGUGCACGACAAUUUCGAAAACUUUAUUCAAAGCAUCAAAACGAAGCUUGGAGUUUGA